UAGUAUCCCAUGAGAAAAUGUUUGGAAUAUACACAUACCACGCCUCAUUGAAUGCUCUCGAAAAACUAUAUAUAUGCUCCCUCCCAAGCAUGAUACCACAUCCAAGUCGAGAAAGCACUAAAACCCCCUAGAGAAGUUCUGAAAUUGAAAUUUUCCUCUGCUGCAAUCAAGUUUUUGAGUGUGGAAAAGAAGAAGAAAUGGGGAGCGUGGUGAAGGGUUUGGAUGUGGAGAGGUACAUGGGGAGGUGGUAUGAGAUUGCUUCGUUCCCGUCAUUAUUCCAGCCCAAGGAUGGGGUGGACACCCGGGCGACGUACAAGCUCAACCCAGACGGUACAAUCCAUGUGUUGAAUGAGACUUGGAAUAACGGGAAGAGAGAUUUCAUCGAGGGAACUGCUUACAAAGCUGAUCCCAAGAGUGAUGAGGCUAAGCUUAAGGUUAAGUUUUAUGUUCCUUCUUUCUUGCCCCUCAUCCCUGUCACAGGAGACUACUGGGUUUUGUUCAUAGACAAGGAUUAUCAGUAUGCUCUCAUUGGUCAUCCUCUCAGAAGCUAUCUUUGGAUCCUGUGCCGGAGUCCUCGGCUUGACAAUGCGACCUACAACCAGUUGGUUGAGAUGGCAAAAAAUGAAGGGUAUGAUGUAAAUAAGCUUCACAAGACGCCCCAAUCUGCUACUCCCCCAGAAGUCCAGAGUGCAUCGAAUGGCAAGGGAAUUCAGUGGAUAAAAUCCCUCUUCAGAAGGUAAAGAGUGGCAAUAAAAACAGCAAUAACAACAGCAAAGGGUUCAUUGUGUACAGAACAAUAAUAAAGAGAGCUUCAUAGUUGCCUACUACAGACAGAUAUGAGCGUCUCCGAUUUGUGCAUAGUAUAGACACUUUUCAUUUAAACUUAUCGAAUCAAAUGUUGUUUCAUAUUAAUUUGGUAUAGAUGUUUUCUGGACCAAAUCUGUAUUUUCUUUUCAGUUCAAUAAAAACCUAUUCACACUAAUAAGUUUCUUCAAACUUUAUAAUUCAUAUUUUGUUGGCAGAGAUUAAUAGUGAAGUGUUAACCACUCUAUA